GGGGCCGCCCCGGCGCUGAGCAGAGCGGGGCGAGGCCGGGCGGCAGCAUGAAUAACCCUAUACCUUCCAACUUGAAGUCAGAAGCUAAAAAGGCAGCUAAAAUAUUACGAGAAUUUACAGAAAUAACUUCCAGAAAUGGACCUGAUAAAAUCAUACCUCCCCAUGUGAUAGCUAAAGCCAAAGGCCUUGCAGUUUUGUCUGUUAUCAAAGCUGGAUUUUUGGUGACUGCUCGAGGUGGAAGUGGAAUUGUAUUAGCUCGUCUUCCUAAUGGCACGUGGUCUGCUCCUUCUGCAAUAGGAAUUGCUGGCGUUGGUGGUGGAUUUGAAAUUGGAAUAGAGGUUUCAGACUUAGUAAUAAUAUUGAAUCAUGAGAGAGCAGUAGAAGCUUUUGCUAAAGGAGGAAAUCUUACACUUGGAGGAAAUCUUACUGUGGCAAUUGGACCUCUGGGGAGAAAUUUAGAAGGGGAUGUUGCACUGAGAAGCUCUGCUGCUGUGUAUACAUAUUGCAAAUCUCGAGGACUGUUUGCAGGUGUAUCUCUGGAAGGAACCUGUUUAAUUGAAAGGAAAGAAACCAAUCGCAAAUUUUAUGGGCAAGAUAUACGUGCUAGUGCCAUCCUGUUGGGUGAUGUUCCUUUUCCUGCUCAAGCAGAAGAUCUUUAUGAAACUCUAGCAUCCUUCACUGAAGUAUAUGAAAAUGAAGAGCAAAGAAACAAUCCAGGAAAAGCUGUAAAUGACCCACCUGGUAGACCAUCAAGACCCGAACCGCAUAAACCUUCUGUUAAGCCAACACCACCAGCUAAAAAGAACUCAAACAAGCUUUAUCCUGAACUUCCAAGUGAUUAUGCCUCUCUGAGUAACUCGACAAGCCAUCCAGUAGAAGUAACAGCACUUUAUUCAUUUGAAGGACAGCAGCCAGGUGACUUGACUUUCAAAGCUGGAGACAAAAUCAUAGUCACAACCAAAACAGGUUCACAGUUUGAUUGGUGGGAAGGAAGAAUAGGAGGACAAACUGGCAUCUUUCCAGCCAAUUAUGUUGCCAUAAGUAAUGACUAAAUCUAUAUAGAAGAAAAUGUUGAAGCAACAAUAAAUUUACACUGAAACAUGUAUUUUAACUUUUCAGAUUUUAGCUAAAUGAGGUUCUUGAUCAAGACUAUUCCAGCAUAACAUUGAAAUGCAUUUAAUGGCCUUAGCUUUCCCUUAAACUUAUUUCUUUAAUAAAUAUUAGGUGAUGGUCAGUUUAUGGUGAAGUUUCACUUUUGAGUCAUGUUGCUGUAUGAAAUUUACUCCCAUUUGUGUCUAGUUUCAAUUCUGUCAUGCUAUAUACUUUUAUUUUUCAAAUGAGGGAAAAGUUACAAAUAUUUUAAAACUAGAUAUGUCUCUUUCUGUAAUAAAUAUCCUGAAAUCUAUAUCAAGUUAUGUGAGUUGGAAUUCUUCACUUUUGCUAAACAUGCAGAUAUUUUUUGCAGGUAUGGCAUAGGAAUUUACUUGAUAUUAAAAGUACUUCUAGCAUUGCAGUUUUUCUUAGUAACUAGUUUAUGUCUAGUCCCCAGUGUUUGUCAUUGUUAAACAUACAAAUAUCUUUCUUUCAAACAGCUCAGUAUCAGCUAAGCAGUUCAACUUCUCUAAUAACUUCUCCUAUAUUGCCCUCAUCUUUGAAGAAUUUAAGCACUUCUAGAAGUUUGUUAAAUAAAAUGCAUGAAUAGUACCUGCCAGAAAAAGAUAUAGGCUUAUGAUGUCUAUUGAUUCCUAUAGGAAUUUGUUUUGCAGAUGGGAAAUGCAACAAAGAACACCUUCUGGCUCACAAA